AGCCAUGGCUUCCAAGUGCCUCAAGGCCAGCUUCUCAUCUGGGUCUCUCCAGGUCCCGGGAGGGGCCGGGGGGGCCUCUGCUCGCGUGUCCGCGAUGUACUCCAGCAGCUCUUGCAAGCUCCCCAGCCUCUCCCGGGGGGCCCGGAGUUUCUCCACCUGCUCCGUUGGGCUGGGCCGGAGCAGCUGCAGGGCUGCCAGCUGCCUCCCGGCUCUCUGCCUCCCCUCCGGAGGCUUUGCCAGCAGCUACAGCAUGGGUGGGGGCUGGUUUGGGGAGGGCAUCCUCACGGGCAACGAGAAGGAGACCAUGCAGUCCCUCAAUGACCGGCUGGCCAGCUACCUGGAGAAGGUGCGGCGGCUGGAGCGGGAGAACUCAGAGCUGGAGGGCCGCAUCCGAGAGUGGUGUGAGCAGCAGGAGCCUUACCUGUGCCCCGACUACCAGUCCUACUUCCAGACCAUCGAGGAACUCCAGAAGAAGACCCUGUGCACCAAGGCAGAGAAUGCCAGGCUGGUGGUGCAGAUUGACAAUGCCAAGCUGGCCGCGGAUGACUUCAGGAGCAAGUAUGAGACGGAGGUGUCCAUGCGCCAGCUGGUGGAGUCAGACAUGAAUGGCCUGCGCAGGAUCCUGGAUGAUCUGACCCUGUGCAAGGCUGACCUGGAGGCCCAGGUGGAGUCCCUGAAGGAGGAGCUGCUCUGCCUCAAGAAGACCCAUGAAGAGGAAGUGACCUCCCUGCGCUGCCAGCUUGGUGAUCGACUCAACGUCGAGGUGGACGCGGCCCCCCCUGUUGACCUGAACCGGGUUCUGGAUGAGAUGAGGUGCCAGUAUGAGACCCUGGUGGAGAACAACCGCCGGGACGCUGAAGACUGGUUCAAUACCCAGACGGAGGAGCUGAACCAGCAGGUGGUAUCCAGCUCAGAGCAGCUGCAGUCCUGCCAGGCGGAUAUCAUGGAGCUGAGACGCACGGUCAACGCCCUGGAGAUCGAGCUGCAGGCCCAGCACAGCAUGAGAGAUGCUUUGGAAUCUACACUGGCGGAGACGGAGGCCCGCUACAGCUCGCAGCUGGCCCAGAUGCAAGGCCUGAUCGGCAACGUGGAGGCUCAGCUGGCGGAGAUCCGGGCUGACCUGGAGCGUCAGAACCAGGAGUACCAGGUGCUGCUGGACGUGCGGGCCCGGCUGGAGAGUGAGAUCAACACGUACCGGGGGCUGCUGGAGAGCGAGGACUGCAAGCUCCCCUGUAACCCGUGUGCCCCCGGCCACGCGCCCUCCAAGCCUUGCCUCCCCUGUCUUCCUGCAGCUUCCUGUGGACCUGGUGCAGCACGCACAACCUGUAGCCCCCGCCCCAUCUGUGUGCCCUGCCCAGGGGGCCGGUUCUGAGAGGGCCUAGUCCAGAAAGCCAAGAACUUGGCCUUGGCCUCUGUUCAACUGUAACCCUAAUCCCCAGGAAUUCCCUGUCUUCGUGCUGAGCCUAGGCCCAGGCCUGGCCCUGGGAGGGCUCAGCAAAUUCACGCCUUCACCUUUCUCAAAGCCUGUCGCCAAGGCUGGCCACCCCCGAAGGUCUCAGCACCUUCUCAUUUCAACAGGGGCUAGAACCUCUGUUCUCAGACUCCCUCCUGGCUCAGGUUUUCCUUCUGGGUGCUGUUUCGGUGGGGUCUGAAAUGCAGCAGAGGGCUUCUGUUGGUGCAAAAAUAAAACACGUUUGCUCUGGCUCUCGAUGCCUAA